GACUCCACAAUAAGUGCCCUUAGAAGGAAAGCCCGUCAGUCUGCGAACAGGGGAGCAUUUUUUAUUUUUUUGGCUCAGACUGACUUCAGCUCCCCUGCUUAAAAACAACAGAAGCAAAAACUUCGUUAUUAGAUUCACUUCUCUGCUCCGCUACAAGAUUUUUUAUUUAUCAUUAUUUUUUGCAUAUUACCGUUGGACUCAGGGUUUUUUUUUCUUUCUUUUUAGGAUAAUCUCCGCAAGUCUGUAUCUGAUAAUAGCAGCAGGAGAUCUGCGGUGCGGUGGUGGAGGGUGAGAGCGGGGGAAAGUUGAUCUGCUGAAGCCGCGCAAGAAGCGGCAGCGGCGGCUGCUGCUGCGACACUCGGGGACAUGGAGAUGCUGCGGCGCUCCUCCGUGUUCGCGGCCGAGGUGUUCGACCGGUCGCCCACCGACAAGGAGCUGGUGUCCCAGGCUAAAUCGUUGUGCAGGGACUACAUCCACUCCAGGCUGAACCGCGUCGGGAUAGGCUGGUCCAAACCUGAGCAGGGAGUGGCGGCGUCGGGAGGAAAGCUGGCGGAGGUGUCCCUGGUGGUUCAGUGGCUGUGUGAGGAGUUGGAGUUCCUCCGGCCCAACAUUUACCGCAACGUGGCCCGGCAGCUGAACAUCACGGUGUCAGUGGAGGGCGUGGUGUCUGACGCCUUCAUGGCUAUCGCUGCGGACGUCUUCUCAACAGGAGUGACGUGGGGGAAGGUGGUUUCCUUGUACACCGUGGCGGGAUCCCUGGCAGUGGACUGUGUGCGCCAUGGUCAUCCAGCCAUGAUUGACACCAUCGUGGACUGCAUGGGGGAGUUUGUCCGCAAGAGUCUGACCCCCUGGUUGAAGAAAAGAGGAGGCUGGGUGGACAUCACGAAGUGCGUGGUGAACACCGGCUCCUCCUUACACUCCCACUGGUUGGUGUCUGCUGCCUUUGCAUUCGGACAUUACCUGAAGGCCGUGGUGUUGUACCUUCUCAGAGAGAAGUGAAAGACUCCGCCAGCGCCACGAGGGCCUCCAUGGGACCAACGUUUACACUGUUUUGCACUGAGCCUCGGUCGACGGGCCGCUGAUCUCCUGUCUAUUUAUUGUUUGCACUGCUUGUGUUAGGGCACGCUUUUUAAAUUGAGUUUACACAAUCACACUUUCGGACUCUUUUUUUUUUUUUUUUUUUGAAAGAAGACUUUUUUCUCUCUCAAGCUGCUGCACUGUAUGUAUUCCUGUAUGGGUGAGUUGCAUGCCAUCUUGUGGUAAUUAGGGGUAAAUGCUUCACAUCAAUGAAUAACCAAGACAUAUUCAUGAGAUUCUAAGUUGAACAAAGAUUACCACGUCUCAUCGUGGCGGUAUUCAUAACACAAAAAGGCAAUUCUGCUAUUUGACAAGAGUGUGGAGAAAAUUAUUAGAGAGGUUAAAGUUCAAAACAUUGAAAUGAUUUGAGGGAAAGCAGUUCAAAACUGUAUUUUGCCAUGAAGUACAAAAGUAAACUAAAGAGUGCCUUGCAAAAGUAUUCAAAGCCGUUAAGAGUCACAUUUUUUUGAUGUCACAACCACGCAGUGUAACCUAUUUUAGGGGACAGACCAAAACCAGAUACUGUUUAUGUUUUAAAUAGCUAACUUUAUUCUUGACUGCUGUUUUCCUUAAUUCUUGUUCACUAAUGCUCUCUAUCAGAGGCCUUCAGCUGAGUUUAUACCAAGAUUAAAUUACACACAAAGGCGGACUCUAUUUGCUAAUUAGGUGAAAUUUGAAGGCAGCUGAUUGAAUUUGAAAAGUGGGUGGAAAACAAAUGCAAAACACUUUUUUUUGUUAAUAAAGCAUGUGUAAAUUUCCUUCCAUUUCAAAAACAUGAACAACGUUUAGUUUGUCCAUCACUUAUAAUCCCAGUAAAAUACCGUAAGGUUUUCAGAUGUUAGACAUUCCAAGGAGGUUAAAUACUUUUGCAAUGCUCUGAUUCACAUGGGAAUUUCAUUUUUUUUUAUAUCAAAGAACAAAUAAAUUAUUUAAGAAACAUUAAAGAUGAGUUCCUAGUGAGGUGUUUCUGACCAAGUUUCCCUCCAUCUCUAUGGUUACCACUAUUGUUGCUGCACUGUAAAAGGAGCUGUUAAGCGAUGAUACUCAUGCAGAUUGUAAAUAGAUUUUAUUCCAUGAAUAAUGUCACUGCUGUGUGUAGCAUUAAGCAACCUAUUAAAUAAAUGUUUGUCAGAACUGUAAAUAGUAAUAAAUGGUAUAAAAUUGAUUUUUCA